GAAGGGCACGACCACGACUGUCAGGGAUUGCAUUUGCGGGAUUUAGGCGGGGGUGUGGUUUUGUGGCUGUUGAAACGGCGCCGCCGGUUGCUCCUGUUAGGCGCCAAGGGUUUGCGUAUUGCCGGCCGGCCGGAGUCUAGGGUUAGAAGAUCUCGCCUUCAGUCUGGCGUUAUCGCCGACACAACACACGAAGUAUCACGCCAUAUUGCUGUAAGAUGUUCAAUGAAGUCUUAUAGGUUAUCAGAGCUUACACAGGCUGAGGUUAAUAGCCUUAAAGCACGUCCUCGUAUAGAUUUCUCAUCCAUUUUCAAUCAAGUUAACCCCAUUGUUGAUGAUGUCCAGCGUAGAGGCGAUGAUGCUGUGAAACACUAUACUGCACGAUUUGACAAAGUUGAACUAGAUAAAAUAGUCGAGAAUGUUGGUGAACUUGCAGAUCCGGAGCUUGAUGCAAAUGUUAGAGAAGCGUUUGAUGUGGCCUACAACAACAUAUACGCAUUUCAUGCUGCACAAAAGUUAGCAGAGAGAAGUGUUGAAAACAUGAAAGGUGUUAAAUGUAAACGCGUGGCAAGGAGCAUUGCUUCUGUGGGUCUUUAUGUUCCUGGGGGAACUGCAGUUUUACCUUCGACAGCCCUGAUGCUUGCAGUUCCUGCACAGAUUGCUGGGUGUGAAACUGUUGUUCUUGCAACUCCUCCUGCUCAGGAUGGCAGCAUCUGCAAAGAGGUACUUUAUUGUGCAAAAAAAGCUGGAGUCACUCACAUCCUUAAAGCUGGUGGAGCUCAGGCCAUAUCUGCUAUGGCUUGGGGAACUGCUUCUUGCCCCAAGGUUGAAAAGAUAUUUGGGCCUGGAAAUCAGUAUGUCACAGCUGCUAAAAUGAUUUUGCAAAACAGUGAGGCUAUGGUUUCAAUUGACAUGCCUGCUGGACCAUCAGAAGUUCUUGUCAUUGCUGACAGACAUACCAAUCCUAUUCAUAUAGCAGCAGAUUUACUUUCUCAGGCUGAACAUGGCCCUGAUAGUCAAGUUGUUCUUGUUAUUGUUGGGGAUGGUGUUGAUUUAUCGGCUAUUCAGGAGGAAAUCAGCAAGCAGUGCAAAAACCUUCCCAGGGGAGAUUUUGCUGCAAAAGCACUAACUCACAGUUUCACCGUCUUUGCUCGUGAUAUGGUUGAGGCGAUCUCCUUUUCAAACUUGUAUGCCCCCGAGCACCUAAUUGUUAAUGUGAAAGAUGCAGAGAAAUGGGAGAGUUUCAUUGACAAUGCAGGUUCUGUCUUUUUGGGGCAGUGGACUCCGGAGAGUGUAGGUGAUUAUGCAAGUGGGACAAAUCAUGUCCUUCCAACUUAUGGUUAUGCACGAAUGUAUGGUGGGGUGUCAUUAGACUCCUUUCUGAAGUACAUGACUAUACAGUCACUGACAGAGGAAGGCUUGAUGAAGCUUGGUCCUUACGUGGCGACUAUGGCUGAAGUUGAGGGUCUGGAAGCCCAUAAAAGAGCUGUAACCCUUAGACUCCAGGAAAUUGAAGCAAGGCAGCUCUCCCAGAUGAAAUAAUGUCCUUAAGCCACUCACAUACUUUUACUGCCAUUUUUGUGAAAUUCUUUCCCCGACUGAGAUUUGCCUUCAUCAAAUUUAAGUUGCCACAAGGAGUUCCACCGAAAUCUGAUUUGGAGAGCGCUGAUUGGACUUGAGUACUGGGAAAGGUUUUUAUCCAUGGACAUCCGAGGCGGCGUUUUCUAUUUGAUUUGGUCACUACAAGCUUGGCCAGUAAGAAAUGCUUUGUCUCUCUAUUCGUGUCCUUUUCAAUGUACUGUAUACUUCAUGCUUUGAGGGUAUAGGUCACAGUUGAGGAUUACUGACCUUAUGCUUUUUAUUAUAUAGAAGUACAACUGGAACAACCAAGUAUAACCUUUGAAUCUACCAGUUACAUUUUUUAAUUUACCCUA